AUGGGCGACCCUGCCCUUCUUCCUCCUGCAGCAGGCCCGGCCUCCAGCGCCCCCAGCCCCCUGCUGGCCUCCCUGCCCCUGCCUGCCAGGCCUCUGCAGCCCCCGCUGGACUUCAAGCACUUGCUCGCCUUCCACUUCAAUGGCGCCACCCCGCUCAGUCUCACCCCCAACUUCAGCACGAUGGACCCAAUCCAGAAAGCUGUCAUCAGCCACACGUUUGGGGUCCCCUCCCCUCUGAAGAAGAAGCUCUUCAUUUCCUGUAACAUCUGUCACCUGAGGUUCAACUCAGCGAACCAAGCUGAAGCACAUUACAAAGGCCACAAACAUGCCAGAAAACUCAAGGCUGUCGAAGCCGCCAAGAGCAAGCAGAGGCCACAAACCCUGGCCCGGGAUGGGGUGCUGGUGUCCCCCACCCUGACUCCAGCCAGUGGAUCCCCUGGAGAGCCGCACAGCAAAGCCGUUCCUGCAGCCCCACCCCCUGGCCCCCAACUCCAGCCACCGCUGACUCUGGACCCCACGCCGAGGGAGCCGGCUCACUCAGAUCUCUUGGAUGCUGCCUCCUCUUCCUCUUCUUCCUCCUGCCCACCCUGCUCCCCAGAGCCUGGGAGAGAGGCGCCAGGGCCUGAGCCCGCAGUGGCUGCUGUGGGAAACGGUGUGAACGGGGAGGGCAGGAGCGAGAAGGGGCGCCUCUAUUGCCCCACGUGCAAGGUGACAGUGAACUCCGCCUCCCAGCUUCAGGCUCACAACACAGAGCCCCAGAAGCUGGAAUGA